GGGCCUGCGAACUUCGUCUCUGACCGAUUACUUCGACUAAAAUGGCAACUUGUCUCUAUAGAGUCCCCAGGGUAGCCAAUAGAGGAUCUACCGCGUCCAGCAGACCCAGGUUAUUGCCACAGAUGCAUCUCCGUCAAUCUCCCAGUAUCCCUGCCUUGCUGGUGUUGCUCGCCUUCUUCGCCUCCGUCGUUACGGCCAAGGACCCACCAUGUUCCUCGCCUGAAGAGUGCUGCUCGCUCUGCGGCGAUGACUCGGAACGCUGCGCUCGAGGUCCGUGCAGCAUGAGCGUGUUCACACGCGUCUUCUUCAGCAUCAGUGCCCCCACCGAUAACGUUGGCUUCUGGGACGUCGUCUUCUCUUUCUACGGCAUGGUGCCGUACCUCGUGCCGAUGGUGAUCGCGCUCGAGUUUAUCUUCCACCGCCGCAGCUGGACGCGGGUGUUUGCCUUCCUUUUCAUCCCCAUUUUCGCCAUUAUCAACGCUGUUAUUCUGGUCAUGAGCUUGGGCGAGUGCAGCGAAUGUGAUCGGCCGUGCGGCAGCUGCGUCUCCAGCAACGGUAUGCCCUCGGGCCAUGCCACAAAUGCCAUCGGACUCUGUUUGUGGCUGAUCCUAGAGACACUUUUGGGCUUCGGCAAGCAGUGGACGGCAGUGGCAAAAUUGGUUCUCUGCGCGGGCUUUAUCUUGCUCUUCGUGCCGGUCCCGUACAGCCGUAUGUAUCUAGGCGACCACACCGAGCUGCAGGUCGUCAUCGGGAGCGUCGAUGGGGUCGUGUUUGGGCUCAUCUACUUCUUCGUGCUUCGCUAUGUCGUCGGGAGACGGCUGUCCGGUAUCACGGAGCGCAUGAAGGAGGGACGCUUCAAGUUCCUGAAAAUGACGAACGACUUUUAUCUUGUCAAUGACGACCGCCCCACGACACUUGCUCCCCUCAUGAACACCGGCGAUCAACAGUAUAGCCGCUCAGAGUCAAUGGAGGAUGCAGAGACGAAGUAUUAGCCAUUGCUGACUGCAACUUUGGGAGACUAAAACCACUAAUUGUAAUGAAACUCAUGCAACAACGUCA